AUGCCGCGCUGCUAUAUGGUGAAGAAAGGCAACCAGCGUCAUGAUGGUCCGCCUCCCUGCAGCCCGACAGAGGCCAGCGUGGCUCCGCCUUGCUACAGCCCGUCGGAAGACACGGCCAUUACAGAAGCAGGUCGUGCUGAGUAUGAGGAGCCAGCAUUUAAUCAUAUGGAGCGGACGGCAGCAGAUACAGAAGCAGCACAUGACCUGCUCUCACUCGCCAACAGUCUGCCACCACGGCCGCUUCAGCCACCACAACCAUCACUACCACCACCACCACCACCACCACCACCCGCUCCAGUAUUUACCAUGCUGCCUCCUUCCGAAACACCAAUGGUCCCUGUUUAUACCUACACCAUACAGCCAACCAACAUUUUCGGCGUCCCCGAGGAGCCUCGUGAACCUCUCUAUCACAUUUUUCCCACGAUCGCACCCAUACAGCAUUUCGAAUAUAUGCUUGAACCUCAAUUCGGUUAUCUCGCUUACCAACCAAUGCCAGAGCAGCAAAUCCAAUUCGUAGAAUCAGUAGCAGUACCAGUUAUUGAAACCCUUCAUACACUAAAUCACUAUCCAAUGCAUGCACCGCAAAUGGAACCUAUAUUACUAGCUGAACCGCUGCUCCAACCCCUGCAACCUAUCUUCCAAACCUUCCCUCAACCUCUACAGGAACCGCUGCUUCAAACCAUGCACGCUCUACCCCAAACCAUGCUCCAAUUCCUGCCCCAAGCCGUGCUCGAACCCCUACCCCAAAUUAUACAGGAACCUCUGCCCGCACCCUUGCCCACACCUCUGCCCGCACCCUUACCCACAUCCCAGCCCGCACUCGUGCCUGAACCCUUGCCCGAACCACUGCCCGAACCCAUGCACGAACCCAUGCGCGAGCCCAUGCGCGAGCCCAUGCACGAAUCCAUGCACGAACCCAUGCACAAACCGAUGCACGAACCGAAGCCCGUACUGGAGCCCGGAUCACAAACGGAACCAGAACUCGAACAAGAAUUCGACACGGAGCUUGAACUGGAGCCCGAGCUGAUAGAAGAAAACUCGUUGCAACAUUCAAAAGAUAAAAUGAACAAAUACGAUUGUGAUGAAUGUGGCAAACGCUACGCAACGUCAUCAAACUUGUCACGCCACAAGCAAACUCAUCGCAGUCUCGAUUCGAAUGAAGCAAAGCGCUGCAGCGAAUGUGGCAAAGCAUAUGUGUCCAUGCCCGCACUCGCGAUGCAUGUUCUCACCCAUAGAAUGGGACACGUAUGCGGCGUUUGUGGCAAACAGUUUUCUCGGCCAUGGCUCCUCCGCGGACACUUGCGUUCACACACUGGCGAAAGACCGUAUGACUGUCCCGUCUCUGGCUGUGGCAAGGCAUUCGCGGAUCGCUCCAAUCUACGCGCUCAUCUGCAGACCCAUUCAGGAGAAAAAAAUUACGAAUGUUGUCGCUGUCACAAAACAUUUGCUCUGAAGAGCUACCUCACAAAGCAUCUGGAGACGACGUGUCUGGUCUUCAUGAACGAAUGA